AUGGCUACUAUCACCUCGCCACUUACUCACAUGAUGACCUCAUGCCUGAGCCCUAAACUUUCACACCCGACCCCCAAAGCCACCGCCACGAGACUGGUUGCUGCUAGAGCACCGAAGCUCGUGGUGAGAGCCUUUGCAAAGGGCCUGGCGGCGGCCACAGCGGCACUCGCAGUAAGUGCAGCUGUAGCCGGCAACGCCAUGGCCAUUCAGAUCACUCUUGGCAGUGACGACGGGGGGCUAGUUUUUGCCCCCCAAAACUUUGAAGUGGCAGCGGGUGAAAAGAUUAUCUUCUUCAACAACGCUGGAUACCCGCACAACGUGGUGUUCGACGAAGACGAAGUUCCGGCGGGGGUCGACGCGACAAAGAUAUCGAUGCCGGAAGAGGAGCUGCUGAAUGCGAAAGGAGAUACAUACGAAGUCACUUUGACAGAGAAAGGGACGUACUCUUUCUACUGCGCUCCUCAUCAAGGAGCUGGUAUGGUUGGAAAAGUUACUGUCAAGUAA